AUGACCACUCCUUGGACCACGCUGCCGGCGCUCGCUUCAAGGCUGGGUCCGGUGAUCGCCGUGGUGGCGGCGCCGAUUUUGCUGCACGCCGCGGCUUCAGAGCUCUCAGAGUCCACCGACGAGCAUCUCAUGGCCACUGCGGCUCUGCUUUCUGCCAUCGCCGUGCUGUCUCUGCUGGGCUUUGCGCUGGAUGAGCUCUUCGACUGCCCCCGCAGCUUUCCUCUGGCGCUGGUUUGGGCGCAGGUCUUUGCGAUUUUCUUGGCUGGCAUGCUGUGGCCGUCCAUUUUCGGUCCGCUGCCCAAAGCAAGGGACGAGCUGGAGCACUGGCUGCGCGGGCACCUGAAAGCGCUCCCAAAGAUCGAGACUGCGCCACAGACCCCCACUGCGCCAGUUGAGCGUGUGGAGGUGCCGAGGCUAGCGCCAAGUCCAAGUGGCGGCGCCUUGCGGGGGAAGGUUGCGGGCAACGAGCUUCCGGGCUGGCGGGACGUGGGUGAUGGCUUCUGCCUGGACGGUGAAUCCAAGGAAGAGUUCAGCUCGUUGCAUGCCAUCGGCAAAUCUCUCCUCGAGUGCGCUGCAGUGGCAGCUGCUGACCCCGAGAGCAUUGCCCUGGACUUUUCUUUGGACGACGGAGGCUGUGAUAUCCGGUUCCCCGCCAGCGGUGUGUUCCAGGCGGUGGAGGGUUUCCAGUGGUGGGGCUGGGGCGCUGGCCAAACUGCCCCCAUCGGCUCGGGACACAGGAAGCACGACUCCGAGACGCGCUGCUUCGAGAGGGUUGAGACGAAAGAAAAGAUGUCCAAAUGGUCAAUCUCAGCUGACCUGCACCCAAACUAUCAAUCUCUCAUUCACGAGUACCCUUUUCAGCCUGUACGCAACGAGCGCGGCGACUUUGUGAAUGUGAUUCUGGUACGUUCGCCCUUCAGAUCUGGUCGGCAGGAGACCUUGUACCAGCGUUUCAAGGAUGAGAUCCUCUUUUUGGGCAUCAGCAGCUGGGAGGACUAUCCGCUUCCCACUCCGAACCCCUUUUCUGAGAAGUUCUCUCCGCCAGACAAAUAUCUUGGGCUCUUCCCGGGCUUCCUAUAUAUGCACCGCAACCCAGAGACAAUCUUCCCCAGCCACGUGAAGCUGCUGCUGCUGUCGCAGUCGGACUUUUCCUUACCGGGUCAGAUGGAGGCGUUGCCAAAGAAGUACGACUUCACAUUCUCCGGGUCCGACCAGGAUGUGGCGCAGGACUGCGUCGGCUGGUCCUCGUUCGCCAAGAAUUGGAGCUUCGUGAAGGAGGCUUUAGACGUGAUGUGUGGCGAGAUGCGCCUGACGGGGGUGCUCGUAGCAACUAAAGACAAGCAGGGUCAAAAGGCUUGCUCCAUUCCCCGGAGCUGCAAGGGACUUGUGACCCAGACCACGUUUCUCUCACAGGAGGGCUUCUUCCACUACGUGAGGCAAAGCAAUUUCUUAUUCCUGCCACAAGUGCACGACGCCUCCCCGCGGGUCAUCACGCAAGCGCUGGCCUUGGACGUGCCAUUGCUGAUGAACAACAACCUCAUAGGUGGAUGGAAAUAUUUGACCAAGCGAACAGGUGAAGGUUUCAAUGACGUGCGCGACAUCAAAGCGAGCAUCCAGCAACUGCUGCAGAACUCUGCAGCUGGGAUCUACGAGCCAAGAAGGUUUGUAGAUGAGACAGCCGGGGACGAGCUCUCAGGGUCACGGCUCAGACAGUUCGUGGAGGAAAACUUUGCUGAUCGCGUGAAGUUGCCGACAGGUGAGUAA